AUGAUCCUCCCGCCCCUCCUCGGGGUCAGCCUCACCCUGGGCCUCGCUGCCGCAGCCUCUACCAAUAACUACACGGAAUGGAUGGCCACCUCGUACCUCUCCAAAUCGGUCACUCAGUCCCGUAACUACGCCAAUGGGGUCCUCUACCGAGGCAUCGAGCUCGCCUACAACAAGACCCAAGAUGAGUCCUUGCUUAACUUCAUCACCUCGCAGGUCGACGCGGUCAUUUCUCCCGAAGGCGAGCUGAAUGACUACAAUCUCACCAAGAAAACGUCUCUCGAUGACCUCCGUAUCGGAACCAAUCUACUCAAUCUCUGGGCUCGAACGGGUAACAAGCGGUAUAAAAUCGCGGCCGAUACCCUACGUCACCAGAUCGACGUUACUCCCCGCAAUGCCGGUGGGGGGUUAUGGCAUCGCAUGCCUACGUAUCCGAAUCAGAUGUGGUUGGAUGGGAUUUAUAUGUCGACGAAUUUCUAUGCGCAGUGGACUGCUUGGUUUGACUCGAAGAAUAAAACCGCUUGGGAUGAUAUUAUGUUGCAGUUUGAUUUGAUCGAGGAACAUACUCUAGUUAAGGAGUCGGGGUUGUUGGCGCAUGGGUAUGAUCAUUCGAAGGUGGCUGUUUGGGCUGAUCCCGUAACCGGCUCCGCCCCUCACGUCUGGAACCGCGCGCUAGGAUGGUACUUCAUGUCCCUCCUCGACAUCCUGGACAUCUUCCCCCGAUCUCACCGCGGCUGGAAACAAAACCUCCGACGCUUCCAAGCGCUCGCCAAGGCGCUGAAAGCAGCCCAAGAUAAAUCCGGCGGAUGGUGGUUGAUCAUGGACGAGCCGUACCCCUCGGAUCCGAGGAAUUAUAUCGAGAGUAGUGGGAGUGCGAUGUUCACUUAUGGGUUCCUUAAGGGGAUCAGGAAGGGGUAUUUGAAGAGUAAGGAUUACAAGGGGGCCGCGGAUAAGGGGUACAAGACUUUGCUGGAGGAGUUUGUGGGGAAGAAUGACAAUGGCACGUUGAAUUGGGAGGGCACGGUUGAGGUCGGGAGUUUGAGUAGUAAUGGGUCGUUUGAGUAUUAUGUCUCUGUUCCGAUCCAGAAGAAUGACAUCAAAGGUGCCGGGCCGUUUAUGUAUGCCAGUUAUGAGCUGGAAGGAUACUAA